GUUGCCCGGGUCUCGCUCCCUACACCCCGGCGGAGCCGAGUCCAGAAGGGACGCGCCACACCAGCACUCAGCAGACCCCGACCCCCAGGCUCCGCCUCCGCGCCAUGGCCGCGCCGGGAUCCCGCGCCUUACGGGCUGCGCUCUGUGGCGGCUGCUGCUGCCUCCUCCUGUGUGCCCAGCUCGUUGUGGCUGGUAAAGGAGCUCGAGGCUUUGGGCGGGGAGCCCUGCUCCGCAUGAACAUCUGGCCAGCUGUCCAAGGGGCCUGCAAACAGCUGAAGCUCUGUGAGCAUUGUGUGGAGGGGAACAGAGCACACAACCUCACUGACUGCGUGUGGGAGCAGUGUCAGCCGGAGGAGCCAGGACACUGUGUGGCCCAAGCUGAGGUGGUCAAGGAAGGUUGCUCUGUCUACAACCGCUCAGAGUCAUGUCCAGCUGUGCACCACCAUCCCACUUAUGAACCGAAGACCAUCACAACAGAGGGCCCUUCGGUCCCCGAGGCGCACGGCCCUGGCUUUGACGGGGCCAGCUUCAUUGGUGGCGUCGUGCUGGUGCUAAGCCUGCAGACAGUGGCCUUCUUUGUCCUGCGCUUCCUCAAGGCCAAGGACAGCACCUACCAGACACUCAGGGAGGAGAACCAGUAGGUGACAGCACAGGCAGCCUUCGGCCUGCAGCUCUGUGGCCACGGGCAGGAGCCUGGGCCCUGUGUGCGGUUUGGUUUUCCUCUGAGAAGGGGAGCUGCUCUGAGGCCCCCGUGUGCUGUGGCCCCAUGUGUGCUGUGGGGCGGAUCGCUGCAGCCUCCAUUAAAGUGUUUGCUCUUUUGACCACCGCCUGCUCUCUGAGGGUGGGUGUCCUUGGCCUGGCUGAGGUGGGGCCACUGCCCUGAGUGCCCUCUCUGUCUGGCCUCUGCAGAAUCUGACCCCCUUCAGGCCUGGAUUCCACACUCAGGGGAAAAAGGAUGAAGAGGCUGCCCUCUUGACCCGCUUGUGGGCACUAGGGGUGGGAGAAACUGUGGUCACCAAAUUCUGGCCCCUGUGGGCACCGAGCAGGCUCGGUGCCCAGUACCUGACAUCCCCUCCUGUCUGGGCCUGGUACCUGCAGAUGAGAGCAUCCUUCAACCACCUCCUGUCUCAUCCAUCAUCCCUGUGGGGCCCCCUGCCUGGUACUAGGUCUGGAGCCUGCCUCCUCCCAUCAACCUGGCCUGGACACUGCCCCCAAAUAAAGGAGCUCUUUCCAGCA